CCGCCGUCAUCGGUGUACGACUAGCAAACGAUAUCGGAGAAAGUCAUCGUAUACAUACGUCACAGAGAUUUUUUUGGACCGAUUCGAGGGACGUGUUGUGUUGGAUACGUUCAGACCACAGGAGAUACAGCAAAUUUGUAGCCGCAAGAGUAGGAGAAAUUUUGGAAAACUCUGAAAUCUCAGAGUGGAAUUGGAUUGAGUCCUCCGAAAAUGUUGCUGACGAAGGAACUAAAUGGCAAAAAAUCCCAGACUUUUCCACAUCCAACAGGUGGUUCAAUGGCCCGAAAUUCAUUCGUCAGGAACAAACAUUGUGGCCAACACAACCAUCCUUCUAUAGGACUACAACAAAUGAGCUUCAGAAGUAUAUUAACAUUCACAUCAUUCAACAACCACCCUUUGAUGUUACAACAUUCUCUAAAUGGUGGAAGCUGGUACGCGUGAUAUCAUUUGUAAUACGAUACCUACAAAACAUCAGAGCUACUAUACAAGAAAAAAAACUAUCUACUGGAGUUCUCACUCAAAGCGAAUUGCGAGCUGCAGAGAUUUGUAUCUUACGUCAGGCGCAGAAAGAUGUGUAUGCUGAGGAAAUCUCGUUGCUGUCUUCAUCUGAUAAAAAUAUCACUCUACCAAAAAGAAGUCCUCUCUUUAAAGUAUCCCCAUUCCUCGACGCAAACGGUGUCCUACGUAUGCGCGGGCGUAUUGGAUCCUGUACGUUUGUUGAUUUGAACACUGCUCAUCCUAUAAUUCUGCCUAAAGAUCAUCACGUCACAAUACUGAUUGUGCAAUUUAUGCAUGAGCGUUACCAUCACAUUAAUAAUGAAACUGUUGUCAACGAAUUGCGCCAGCUUUAUCAAAUUCCAAUGCUACGAAGAGUGUGUGAUAAAAUUCGACGGAAAUGUCAAGUUUGCAAAAUUGUCAAAGCAAAUCCUCAACCUCCACUCAUGGCUGACCUACCAUUCGCCAGGCUCGCUGCUUAUUCUAGACCCUUUUCCUACGUUGGGAUAGAUUACUUUGGACCGUUGAAUGUAGUUGUUGGAAGACGCGUCGAGAAAAGAUGGGGAGUUCUCUUAACUUGUUUGGUAGUAAGAGCCGUCCAUAUCGAAAUUGCGCAUUCGCUCAACACCAGCUCUUGCAUCAUGGCCUUACACAACUUUAUAGCCAGACGUGGGAAACCAUUGGAGAUCUUCAGCGAUCGCGGAACAAAUUUUGUAGGCGCAAAUAGAGAGCUGAAACAUGCGCUUCGUGACAUGGAUCAUGACAGACUAAUGGAAGAGUUCACCUCUACGGAAAUUAAAUGGACAUUUUUACCGCCAAGUAGCCCACACAUGGGUGGGAGUUGGGAACGAUUGGUACAAUCUGUGAAGAAGACCCUCAGCAACAUGAAGCUCCCUAGACUCCCCACAGAUGAAGUAUUACGUAACGCACUACUGGAGAUAGAAAACAUCAUCAACUCACGACCCCUCACUUACCUACCGAUAGAAAAUUCAGACACCGAAGCCCUUACUCCGAACCACUUCCUGCUGGGAUCUUCCAGUGGAUUGAAACCUGUAGUACCGUACGAAGACGACUUGAAUACUUUGAGAAACACUUGGAAAACCUCUCAAGUAUAUGCUAAUUAUUUUUGGAAAAGAUGGUUACGAGAAUAUCUUCCAACGAUAACUCGCCGUACAAAAUGGCACUAUAAUGUGAAACCCAUCGAAGUAGAUGACAUCGUAGUCAUCGUAGACAACGACCUUCCAAGGAAUUUGUGGCCAAAAGGAAUUGUCACUAGCAUCACGAAAAGUCGAGAUGGACAAGUCCGUAGUGCAACGGUGAGAACUGCAUGUAAUACCUACGAUCGACCAGCUGUGAAGUUAGCAGUACUAGACGUCGGCGCAACGAGUAGUAAGCAGAAUUCUUAAUUCUGCGUACUGCGGGGGAGUGUUACGUCAUACACGAACGCGCCGGCGCUACCAACGAGCCCCCACCAGAGUUCGCCUGUCAUGGCCCACGAUGAGAAAGAAAAGGAGAGAGAAACUAAACAACGGCAUGUCAUAUCAAAAUCGCAUGUGAUUCAGAAGGCAAAUAAUUCUAAACCAAUUUGAGUAUUCCGUUAUUAACUGCCUGGUAAUACUGAACUUUAAGUUGCACAGUUGUAAGGUAGUUAGUUGGCAUCUACAUUCACCGUUCAUGCAGUAAGGUGUUCUAGUGACUAUAGUUCAUGCAGUUAGGUGCACUAUUGACUAGUGACUAGUACAGUUAAUGUUAAUGACAGACUGACUAGUACUACAGGUAACAUACAAUCAUUGAUGACAGCACACUGAAACAUGAACUUAACGUUAAACUUAUGCUAGGCCUCACGCAACACGAACGAACAGUACCGUACUGGGUAGAACUCCGGACAGC